CUAUUGAUAUUAAAAACUAUGCUUGUUUAUAUAUGUGUAUAUAUAUAAAUAUACUAUUCGUGCUGAUGUAUUUUACUACUGACGUUUCCAUGGCAAUCCAGCAUAACAACAAAGUUUCGGUAGUUUAUCAUAACUGACGUGAUUAAGUAAAAUAAAGUGAAAAACAUGGAGAGUAUGCGUCCAAUGACCAGUGGACAAAUGAUGUCAGAUAAAUCAGUCACUCAGUGGCAGAGAGAUUCGGAUAUCAAGAGCGAUAAUAAUUCGGACAGACCUAAAACAAGUGUAAGUCGGCCGCAAACUCGACAUGAGAGACCGAUAUCACGAAGGGGGACACAAAAUCAAACGACGCGAGCUGGAAGUGCGUUAAGAACAGCAACUCCAGCGAGAAGUGGAGCUUCGGCUAGACCGCCUUCAGCAUCUGCUUAUUCGAACCGUGGGUCAACGGCUAAUUCGCGGUCUAAUAAUCUAACAUCAGCUAUGGGGAUGAGUAGAUUAAAUACUGGACUUCCGCCUACCUCUCAUGUCAGUUCGGGAGUAUUUGACAGACCAAUAACGCAGCAUGGAAUCGCUGGAAUGCGGCCUGCUACAACUAGAGGAUUGCCUAUGACUAGGCAGAUUCAAGACAAAAGAUAUUAUGAAGGUUUGAUUCAACUGAAGCUUCGAGAACUUAACCAAGAAAUCGCAGUUAUUACCAAUGAAAUAGAAGCUCAGAAAAAAGAACGCGUAACUUUUGCACAUUACGAUAACAGAGCCAAAGAAUUGGCCGCUGAAUUAACGGAGCUACAAGGAAAAUUAGCAGAUUAUAAUAUUGUUAUGGAUAAAGUAGCGUCGAAUAUCGACAAAGACGACAUGGAAGACGAAGUAAAAGAAAUAAAAUCUUCGAAUGAACGAAUGACUGUGGAAAUAGAUAAUUUAUUUGAACAGCGGAGAUUCAAAGAACAGAAGUUACGUGAUAUGGAAGAAAGGAUUGAAAUAGAAGAAAAGAAAGCUGAUAGAAUAAUAGAAGCAAUGGAUCAAAAUACGCGUGAAAUGUAUGAUAAUUUAGUCGAACAAAGGAACAAAUUACAAAAUGAUAUCGGAGAGUUACAAAAAGAAAUGGAUUUAUUGUCGUCGGAAAAGUUUAAUUUAGAAGAACAAAUCGCGUUGUCAUCAAUAAAACAAGAGGCUGUAAAACUUGAAAUAAAAAUAGCAGAGGCUAAAGAAAAAAGGUCUAAAUUGUUGGAUGAACAGAAGAACAAAAUGUCGCCUGAUGAAGAAAGGGAACAUCUACUUACGCGAGUUAAACAAGACAACAUGGAUAUCGUUGCUGCAGAAAGGAAAAUUGCGGAAACUGAAAACAAAAUUCGUGAAGUUGAACAAGAAUUAGAACAAUUGGAAACGGACUUCGAAGACAAUCAAUCUGAGAAACAAAUAAAAUACAAUGAAUUGAGAAAACGUGAAGAAGCUAUCGAACAAUUUAUGCCUAAUUUCGAACAAAGCAAAGAAGAAGAACUGAAGAAAUUAAGUAAUUUAGAAGACAAAAUUGUCGAGUCAUUACGAAAAUUAGCUUACGCUACUGAUCAUGAUAUCAAUCAACUUUCGUUGAAUGAUGAGAUGGCCAUUUUCAAUAUUCCGGCUGAAAAUGUCAGCAAAGCAGACCAGAGUUUUGAAGAGCUUAGUAAAGAACACAUUAAGUUGAAACAAUCGCUUAUUAAAAUGGAAAGCUUAGAAAAGAAAUUAAACAAUGAAUUGAGUGAGUUGACUGAAAAAAUAAAACAAAAAGAAAAUGAAUUAAUUGUUUUAGAGGAUUUAGAAGGGUUGAAAGCGCGCUCUGAAGCGGAACAUGAGGAACUAAUUAUGCAGAGACAAGAACUGAAGAAUCGCCAGCCGGAACGAGAAAAAGAAUUAUUGGCUGUGCGUAAAGAAUAUGAAGAGCUGAAAACAGAACUGGAAAAAAAUGAUUUGUACUUACAAAUAAGUGCAUUGGAAGAUAAGUUUGAAAAAUUGAAUCGGGAUAAUGAAGAUAUCAUGAGUUCUAUUAAAGAAAGCGAAAAUCAAAUGAAUUAUCAAUCGCUAAAAGAACAAGUGUUUGUUUUAUUAGAAAAAUAUAAUUCGCUUCUUAAAGAUAACGUUAAAUCAAUUUAAUAAAUUUAUUACUAAAUUAUUCGACAGUUUUAAUUUAUUGUUGACGGAAAUGUUCAAGUAUU